CUUUCGAAAAACUGUUUAAAUUUGUCCCUCUAUAUUUGGAUUCCGUUAACGACUAUAUAUAGCCAAGCACCGCACAAUUUGACUCCACUCUUCACUUUCGCCUUAAUUCCGGGACAAGUUCUUCCUUCAAUUCCUCUCUUCAGGUCACCUUGUUACACUUAUCUAGAGAACUAUGGCUGUUUCUGUUAAGUUGAUGUCUCUUCUUGUUGGAACUUUGGGUGUCAUAUCCUUUGUAUUUGGAGUUGUUGCCGAAAACAAGAAGCCUGCUUCUGGAACUCCCAUCCCAGGCAAAGGCCUUGUAGUCUGCAAAUAUCAGAGCGACCCGACGGUGGCGUUGGGAUUUCUUUCCUUUCUGUUUCUUCUUGCUUCUUCAUUUGCAGGAUACCUCUCUCUGUUCUAUCCUUACGAAGGAAAAUCCGUUCCUCGAGGUGCCUUCUUUAAGAGCAGUAGUUUCUCUGCAUUCUUCAACAUUGCUCUGUUCACAACUGGAUUAGCUAUAACCAUGCUGGUAUGGCCUACCGUGACAGAGCAACUUCACUUGACUCGCAAUGUUCAUUUCAAUCUCAACACAGCGUGCCCGACUGCUAAGACCGGUCUUCUGGGUGGUGGUGCGUUUCUAUCUCUUGAUUCGUCCCUCUUAUGGUUGGUUGCUCUGAUGCUUGCUGGCAAUGCACGAGAGGACUAUUUCGAUGAAAUAGCGGAAAAAGGAACCAAUGUUGAAGCUGUUAAGAGCAGUGCAUGAAGUUUCUUUGUUUUGUUUAGUGAGAAUAUUAAGUCAGUUUCACAUCACUGUCGAUUUACUUGUUAUUAAGUAAGGAUUUCUUGCCUUUACGGAAAAAAGGAAGGGAAAAAAGAAGAAGUGAAUAUGGUACUCUUCUUUGUAAUUUAUUGUUGAGAGACUCCUUGUGGCUUCAUCUAAAUCGUCAAAUGCAUAUAGGAAAAUUUGUCUUUUAUUAGUUAA